AUGCAGGAGCUGGUGGCCGGUGUGGAGAAGAUCAGGUUUGACUUGGAGGCUGAUGUGGAGCAGCAGCGAGGAGCUCAGCCCCUGCCCUUCCCAGUUAUGGACAAGCUGGGGGCGGCCGUCUGCGAGUUCUUCCAUCAAGGGCUGUGCACCAAGGGCGUGCGGUGCCCAUUCCAGCAUGUCGGCGGGGAGAAGACGGUGGUGUGCAAGCACUGGCUGCGUGGGCUCUGCAAGAAGGGUGAUGGCUGUGACUUCCUGCACGAGUACAACACGACCAAGAUGCCCGACUGCUAUUUCUACUCCAAGUUCGGUGAGUGCAGCAACAAGGACUGUCCCUUCCUGCACGUUGAUGCCACUGCCAGCACCGUGGGCUGUCCCUGGUACGACCGUGGCUUCUGCAGGCACGGUCCCCUGUGCAAGUACAAGCACACGCGGAGGGUGAUGUGUGCCAAUUACCUCGUUGGCUUCUGCCCAGAAGGACCCAAAUGCAGAUUCAUGCAGUACGUACGGGGCAGCCUCAAGGCCGGGCUGAUGACGAGCAGCACGGAUCCGUCCGAGGGAGCUGGCCAUCCUUGGGGGCUGGCACGGCUGGAUCUGGCUGCUGGCGGGGACACUGGAUGCAAGGAUGUGCCACCCACGGAGCCCCCUCUACCAGUCACUAGUGCUACCCCGCACCCGACAGCGCAGCUGCAGGACACCGAUAGCUGCCCCCUGAGCACACAGAGCCUGCUUGAACAAGGCAUCUGCUUCAAGUGCGGACAGAAGGGUCACUACACCAGUAAAUGUGGGAAGGCUCAGCUGGAAAUGCUGCUGGGGAAGUGA